AAGGGCUGUCCCUCCGGAACGCUCCUGGCCAACGGAUGUGGGCCACAUGGGAGGCGUGCGAUGCCAUGACCAUAGCGCUGAUCGGCAUUAUUUGGUGAGAGCGGGGAGUGACUGAAUGGGCCCAAUGGAGGCGGGCAGUGAAUCAUCGGCGGUGGCGCAGCGCGAGGCAGAGCUCGUGCAGAAGCCUCACUACAUCCUCCCGGCCUCAAAACAGUCAGCCGAGAACACAGUCACAGUGCAAGGUUGGCCGCUGAGGCGGCCAGCAGGAGGCGAUGCGGGCGAUGCGUUUCAACUUAGAGGUAAGCAGGAGCGACAGAAGGAAGGAGGGCAAGGGCGCUUUCUUUUGCAAUGCAAAUCAUCCCUUUUCCCAUUGUGUGAGUGGUUCUGUCUGCAGCGUCCACAGUCGACCCUCUUUCGCUGGAUGUUCUCGGGGACGGCGUGCCAGUGACGGCCCUGGUCGGCAAAGGGGACAGGCUGGGCAAGUCCUGGGAUGGAUCCAGCAGCCAAACUACUGUGGGAUUUGAGCAUCUCAUUCUCUCGCUUGACCCGGGCUACUCCUUCCUGCGCCUAUCGGUCGGCGGGGUCGGUCCACGAACGUGCCUUAUGCUGUGUUCGGGAUGCCUGUGGCUGUCUGUGUUUGUGCAGGAGCGAGGUGAGUCAUCGCGAGAGUGUCGUGUCAAGCAUUGGGUGAAAAGUAGCAAUGUGCUGAACGUCGUCAAGGGCACACAGGUGCGGUGCAUACGCAACCGGCGGUGGACGAUUGACUGACAGGCUAGAUUGACCCACUCACUCUUCUUGCUCCCAUGCUAUGCUGUGGGGUGGGUGGCUGUGUCGUGUCAGGCUCUGUCAUUGUGUCAAGAACAUAUGUUUGAGCACCUGUCAAUGAACGAACACAACACGCUGGUCGUCAUUCACGGUGGGCCAGGCCAUACGCCACCAUUCCUGGCUGCUUUGUUGCUUUAUAAUGUGGCUGUCUGUGUAUGUCUGUGGGGUGGGUCCCCCAGGCAGCGAGCCACUGAGCGGCCCUCCGCCUGUCUGGAGUCUGUGGGUGAUCGUGGCGCAGACCGCAAAGCAACUCGCACAGAUUGCAACGGGUCAGUGAGUGAGAUAGACAGACAGAUGAGCUUGCUGAGGUGUGCUGUGCACAAAUUAUGGUUGCGUGUGGUGAACUUAGCCAUCGAGUCCCUUCGGUUCUGUGCCCCCGCCCCAGCCGACGAAGAGGAGAGGGCCGCACUCACCAUACAGGUCGGUCACAAACCAGCCAAGACAUGACCUCCGAAGGCACACAAACAACGACGCCAUCUCUCCCUCUCUGUGCAUCAGACCAGGAUACGCGCUGCAAGAGCUCUUCAACAGCGGCGCGCUGCACUCAUCGACAUAUCCCUCGACGGCUUCCCAGAGAGCCUCACGCACUCGACGGGAGGGAACGAGGUGCACCGGCUGCGUCUCACCUUCGGCAGGGGCCAGCCGCCAGACCACCUGGAUGUGCCAUCGCCCAACCUCAGCCAAGCCGACAUUGACAAGAUCACUCAGGACGCCGUCGCCAAAUACAACGUACAAAAACCGACAGAUCCCGCGGCAAGAUGCAUCAAUCGAUCUCUCCCUUUGCGCAGCUUUCCGUGGUCGAUGGAUGCCGCAUUGCAGCCCACCUGCGCGAAGCUGCUGCCGUGAGGUGCCUAUGGCAUGAGGUGCCGAGCAUGGCCCCACUCGCCGAUGCGAUCUUUAACGAAAAGGACGAUGACCAGACGACUGAGGCAGCGGCACAGUCGGUGUCUGUUGGCUCGCUGGAGAGUCUUAGAAGGGAGCUGGCAUCGUGUGGCCGGCGGCACGAGCGGGACGCAUGCCCGCUGACAUCGAUACUCGCCAGGUGAGCCAGCCAACCAACCACACACAGGACAGGAUGUCAUGUCAGCAUAUAUAUCACAUCGACGUACCGGUUUGUGUCUGUGUCAAACGAUCUCCUUCUUCAUGCCAGUACGUUGCUGAUGGGUGUGGACAUAGAGCUGGCCCUCGCCUCAUUGCAAUCUAAGUUCCCCUGCGACUUACCACCCAUCGGCGAUGACGAUGACGACCCAGACGAAACCCAUCACACGGCCAUCUCCCAACCAGCAGCCGGCCACGCGAUGGGCACACACCUGGUGUCUGGCGCAGCGGGGGCGAUUACCAGCUCAGCUUGGGUGUCUUCUGCCGUCGGCCGACCGCCCGAGGAUGGGGCGACCCAUGCGCUGCUCAUUGCGGCGCCUUCGCCCGCCAAGCUGCAGGCCGGCACAGGGGCAAUCGUGUCUGGCGACCGAGAUGGUGACGGGGACGGAGAGUCGUCGGUGAGCGAUGAAGACGACGGGGAGGAGGAUGAGUGGGGCGAGGACAUCUUCGAUGACGAUUACUAUGAUGAUGAUGAUGAUGAUGAUGACGAUAUGGAGAGCGACGAGGCGCAUGAGAUGCUGGAAGACAUGCAGGACCCUUGUCGGGCGUGCGACCCGGGAUGCGUGAUUGUGUAGACAGAUAGACCUGGGGUACUGGAUGGAUGGAUGGUGGAUGAUUCUAGCUGUAGAUGUGUUGAUAGCUUGCUGGUAGCCAUGGCCGUUGAUAGUGUCUGGUUUGGUAUCCGUAUGUAUGUAUGGCAAGGUGCGGUGCACACCUCGCUGCUCUCUAUUGCUGCAUGACUAUGGCUGUAAUGAUCGAAUGAAGACACCUACCUUCGUGUGUUUAUGUGCUCUCCACCGCUUUAUC